AUGCCUAAGACCCGAGGAGGCUCUGCCUCAGCUCCCCAAAGCAGUCAUAAAGCUGCCCCUGUGCGGGCCUCGCUAGAUGUACCCCCACAUUUACCUGAUUCUGCCCCCCAACGUAGAUACCAUACGAGGAGAGCAGUUGCCACGCCUGUAGCCCUUACUCAGAUUCCAGCUAGGAGUCCUCCUACAAAGAAGGCCAAGACUUCAGAGCCAGGAGAGUCCUCCAGAGCAGCUCGAGAUUCACAGUCUCAACCUCCUUCCACCAGACGCCCUAUCCUCACCAGCUCGCCCAUUGAGGGCAACUUCGAUUGCCGAGCGAGAGCAUUCCAUGUCGAGGCAUAUUUUGAUCACUAUGUUUUGCGACAGCAGCCUGAGUUGGGGGAUUCAUACCGCCUACUUGAGAGGGAAGUUCCUCCACAGCCCUUACCAUCUAUAUUUGCUCCGUCCACAUCAGCUUCCUCGGAGCCCGUACCAGAGGCAGCAUCGUCUGAUGCCCCACCUACUGUUCCUCCUAUCCCAGAGCCGCCCAUUACUAUCCCUGGUGCAGAGUAUCGUGACUUGGUCGCUUCUUUCCAAACUCUGACCACUACUCAGACGACCAUUAUGGAGCGGAUGGACCACCUCCGACUUCGGCAGGACCAGCAGACUCUCAUUCUCCGUGAGAUUCAGCAGCACCUCGGUCUUUUGCCACCAGCUCCACCUGUUUCUCCUAUGCCCUCAGAGCCUUUUGCUCCAACUGAUGAUUUUGAUCCAGCUGAUGAUGCUACACCUGUAGCGGUACCUUCCACAGUUGCAGCUGAGGACCCCUCAUAUCCACCAGAGGAGCCUACUACUUGA